AUGGUUGAAGAAGAAUGGUAUGAAAGUACUAGAAUGGUUCCGAAACAUACGGAAAAACAAAACGUAGAAAAAGUUUACUCGCAUACUCACCCUUUUAUAAGAUAUCUUAUCAGACAAAGUAUUAAAGGAGGAAGAGUUUCGGCAAAUCGAAAAUCAUUUGAAACGAAUAAAAUGAAUGAGAUCUGCGCCAUAUUAAAAGAAUACAAUGAAAGUAACACUGAAGGAAUAAUAGAUUUAUUCAAAGAAUACAGUGUUAACCCAAAAGAUAAAACGGAAGUUCACGCUAAACUCAAAGAACUGGACUAUUCUAAACUAAUGGCAUUUGACGCUAAUGGGUUAUACGCUUCAGCCAUGACAGAAGGUGAAUAUCCUAAAGCGGAAAGUGCAAGAGCGUUUCUACCAGAAGAAGAAAAAGAAUUUGUAAAACUCUUCAAUAAACAAAAAUUCAGACCUGGAACUGCUAUUUUAAAAGUUUGGUUUGAAUAUCCCCAAAAAAUGUUCUUUCAACCCAUACCAGCUAAAGAUAAAAUAACUUUUACGAAUAGAAUAGGUCAGAAGGAAACUGGCACUAAAAUCAGGUUCAGAAAUGGUUUCUGUCACGACGUUUUAACAUCAGUUGAUAUUCAAGAAAUAGUGAAAUCCGGUGGUAAAAUUAUUAGAAUAUUAGAUGGUAUAGUAUACGAAGAAAAUUUUAAAACUCCACCAUACAGAGAUUAUAUUUUAAUUUUGAAGGAAUUAAGGAAUAAAUACAAAAAAGAAGGAGAUAUGGUUGCUAGUAAUUGCAUGAAAUUAUUAGUUGAGAUGAAUGAAGAAGAAAAAGAGUUUGUUCCUCCAAAGGAUUAUACUAGAUUAACACCCACUCAUUUAGGUGCAUUUAUAUUAUCUCACAGUAAAAAAAUAAUGAACAAUUUCAUUCACGUCAUAGAUGGAUUUUAUAAGCCGGAAAUAUACUAUACAGAUACCGAUAGUUUAUACAUUUCGUCUAGUAAUUGGGAUAAAUUAAAUGAAGCUGGGUUGGUGUCUGAAAACGAAUAUAGCAAAGGGAAGAAUGAUUACGGUGAUGGUGGAAUCAUAUUUGGUUUAUAUUUAUCGCCAAAAGUAAAAUACAAUAUCAUUCUAACUUCCGAUGGUGUUUUAAAAGAAAAGAAAACGUUACUCUAA